AUGUCGUAUUACCAACAUAGGGACGUUGGUCCUCUUCCCCCUCCAGCAUUAGGAGACAAGCUUCGUCUGUACCAUGUGGAUAUGAAUCCUUAUGGCCACCGCGUCCUGCUCAUCCUGGAAGCCAAGAAAGCACGAUAUGAAGUCUACAAGCUGGACCCGUUAAGAUUACCGGAGUGGUUUAGGAGUAAGAAUCCGAGAUUAAAAAUACCAGUGCUGGAGAUACCAACGGACCAGGGCGACAGGUAUUUAUUUGAGAGCGUGGUGAUCUGCGACUAUCUGGACGAGAAAUACACCAGGAACCAGCUGCACUCCAGAGAUCCUUACGUCAAAGCUCAAGAUAGACUUCUUAUUGAAAGAUUUAACGAGUUAAUAAAAGGCAGUUUAGAAUGCUUCGAUACCAACUUUGCGUUCGGCAGCGAACAAAUCAUACAAACCCUUGAUAUAUUUGAAAAGGAAUUAGGCUCAAGAGAAACAAAUUAUUUUGGAGGGCAUCGACCUGGGAUGUUGGAUUAUAUGAUAUGGCCGUGGGUGGAACGGCUGUACCUUUUACGAUGUGUCAACGAAAGGAAGUUUGAUGAGAAGAGACACUUGUUCCCUAAUUUUGCGGACUGGGGUGACCAGAUGCAGUUAGACGAUGUUGUAAAGAAACACUCAAAUUCUCCACAAGAUUAUUUUGAUUACUACAAAAACGCGAGAACACAUACCAUGGGCUAUUACUUAUAA